AUGGCAAAAAUCUCCAGCCCUACAGAGACUGAACAGUGCACUGAGUCCCUGAUUGCUGUUUUCCAGAGGUAUGCUGGAGAGGAUGGGAACAACUUCAAACUCUUCAAGUCAGAGUUCCCAAGCUUCAUGAAUAUUGAACUGGCUGCCUUCACAAAGAACCAGAAGGACCCCAGAGUCCUUGAUUGCAUGAUGAACAAACUGGACCUCAACUCUGAUGGGCAGCUGGAUUUCCAAGAAUUUCUUAGUAUUAUCGCUGGCCUGGCUGUGGCUUGUCAUGACUCCUUUAUGAAGACUACCCUGAGGCCCCCUGGACCUGGUAUCCCAACCCAUCCUUUCCUCCCAGCCUCCCAGCCAUCUCCCCUCACAGCCCACACCUGCCCUGAGCCCAGCACACCAUGA